AUGUAUAUCAAAAGGGUGGUUAUUAAGGGUUUUAAGACGUAUAGAAACGAAACAAUUAUCGAUAAUUUCUCGCCGCAUCAGAAUGUUAUCAUUGGUUCUAACGGUUCAGGUAAAUCGAACUUCUUUGCUGCUAUUAGGUUUGUUUUGAGUGACGAUUACUCUAAUCUUAAGAGGGAGGAGAGACAGGGGCUCAUUCACCAGGGUUCGGGUGGUUCGGUGAUGAGCGCCUCAGUGGAAAUUGUAUUCCAUGAUCCAGAUCACUCCAUGAUAUUGCCCUCUGGUGUGCUGUCGAGAGGAGACGACGAAGUGACGAUUAGAAGAACAGUGGGAUUGAAGAAAGACGACUAUCAACUGAAUGACAGAAACGUAACCAAGGGCGACAUCGUUAGAAUGUUGGAAACCGCGGGAUUUUCAAUGACUAAUCCUUACAACAUAGUGCCACAAGGUAAGAUAGUUGCAUUGACUAAUGCUAAGGAUAAGGAAAGAUUACAAUUGCUGGAAGAUGUUGUAGGAGCUAAGUCAUUUGAAGUCAAAUUGAAGGCCUCGCUGAAAAAGAUGGAGGAGACGGAGCAGAAAAAGAUCCAGAUCAGCAAAGAAAUGGAUGAAUUGAACUCAAAAUUAAGUGAAAUGGAACAAGAACGGGAGGAACUAGAAAAAUAUAAUGAAUUAGAACGUAAUAGAAAGAUUUAUCAAUUUACUUUGUAUGACCGAGAAUUGAAUGACGUUAUCAACCAAAUGGAAAGAUUGGAUGGUGAUUACAACAAUACCGUUCAUUCUUCUGAACAAUACAUUCAGGAAUUAGACAAAAGGGAAGAUAUGAUCGGGCAAGUCUCCAAAAAUCUAUCAAAUAUUGAAGCUUCCUUGAAGAUCAAGAAUACGACGGAUUUACCACAGGCAAAACUACGGGAGUCUGAGAUUUCUCAAAAUUUAACCAAUAUUAAUGUGAAGAUUAAGGAUGUCCAGCUACAAAUCGAGUCGAACGGAGAACAGAGAAACUUGGAUGGCGCAACUCUGAAAGAGGUUAAAUCUAUAAUAAAGCAGAGACAACAAAAGCUGUCCAAGAUCUUACCAAGAUAUCAGGAACUGACGAAGGAAGAAGCAAUGUACAAACUUCAUUUGGCUUCCCUACAACAAAAGCAAAGAGAUUUGAUUUUUAAAAAGGGUGAAUAUGCUCGUUUCAAAUCAAAGGAGGAGCGCAAUGCGUGGAUUUAUUCAGAGAUUGAAGAAUUAGAAUCUUCGAUGCAAAAUCUGAAUGAAUUAGGAAGUAAAUUGCAAAUGGAUCGUACGUCUUUGAAGGAACAGUAUUCCAAGCUUGAUGAAGAGAUUGAAGAUUUGGCUGAUUCUAUCAAUGGGCCAGAUAUCAAAGGUCAACUAGAAGAUUUUGAUUCGGAAUUAAUCAAUCUGAAGCAGAGACUGAAUGAAAGUUUAGACACUCGUAAAGAACUGUGGAGAAAAGAACAAAAACUGCAAACAAUCUUGGAAACCUUGUUGAGCGACGUCAAUCAAAACCAAAGAAAUGUCAACGAAACUAUGAGUAGGUCAUUGGCAAAUGGUAUAAUAAAUGUCAAAGAAAUCACAGAAAAGCUGAAAAUAUCGCCAGAAUCAGUUUUUGGUACAUUAGGUGAGCUGAUUAAAGUCAAUGAUAAAUACAAAGCAUGUGCUGAAGUGGUCGGUGGAAACUCUCUUUUCCAUAUCGUAGUAGAUACUGAGGAAACGGCCACUCUAAUUAUGAACGAAUUAUAUCGUAUGAAGGGUGGAAGAGUCACGUUUAUCCCGCUGAACAGGUUAUUUUUGGACAGUGACGUUAAAUUUCCCUCAAAUACUACAACUCAGAUCCAAUUCACACCCUUAAUCAAAAAGAUAAAAUACCAACCCAGAUUUGAAAAGGCUGUCAAACACGUCUUCGGCAAAACUAUUGUAGUCAAGGAAUUAGGCCAAGGUUUAAAACUAGCUAAAAAACACAAACUUAAUGCUAUUACGUUAGAUGGUGAUAGAGCAGAUAAAAGAGGUCUACUUACAGGUGGGUAUCUUGACCAGCACAAAAGAACUCGUUUGGAUUCAUUGAAGAACUUAAAUGAAUCAAGGAAUCAACACAAAAAAUUAAUUGGAGAAUUAGAAGUUGUUAAAAACGAAUUGAAUAAUGUUGAUGCUAUAAUUGACCAAGUAAACGGGAAUAUAAGAAGAGUCUCUAAUGACAGAGAAUCCGUCUUGACAAACAUUGAGAUUUGUAGAACAUCGCUAAACACUAAAAAGAACGAAAAAUUGAUUCUGGAGGAAACAUUAAACGCUACUGUGCUAAAGCUAGAAAGGCAGAAGACAAACCUAAGUCUUGCCCAAGAAAAGUUGAAUACAUAUAAAAAUGAUUUACUCCAAGAUUUCGAUAGCGAACUUUCAAGGGAAGAAAAGGAAAGGCUGGAGUCCUUGACCAAAGAAAUCAACAUAUUGCAUAACAAACUGGAUGUUACUUCAGACGCAUUGGAAGGUAUAACUUCAACGAUUGAUUCGUUGAAUGCGGAAUUAGAGUCAAAACUUAUUCCGCAAGAAAAUGAUCUCGAAGCUAAAAUGGCAGAAGUUGGUGAUGCAUUUAUUUUAGGUUUGCAAGAUGAAUUGAAAGAAUUACAAUUAGAAAUGGAAAGUGCCGAGAAACAGCAUGAAGAUGCUGCAUUAGAAUUAAGUACUGUUCAAGGUGAAAUUGAAACACUCAUUGCUGAAGAAACCAAUAAUAAAAAGUUACUAGAAAAGGCAAACAAUCAACAACGUUUACUGCUGAAAAAGCUUGACAAUUUUCAAAAAAGUGUAGAGAAGACAAUGAUUAAGAAAACGACAUUGGUUAGUAGAAGGGAAGAACUGCAGCAAAGAAUAAGAGAAAUCGGGCUACUGCCGGAAGAUGCUCUAAUAAACGAUUUUAGUGACAUCACCAGCGAUCAAUUAUUACAAAAAUUGAACGAUAUGAACACUGAGAUCUCAGGUUUGAAGAAUGUAAAUAAGAGAGCUUUUGAAAAUUUCAAGAAGUUCAACGAAAAGCGCAAAGAUCUUUCAGAAAGGGCUUCAGAGCUAGAUGAAUCUAAAAAUUCUAUUCAAGACUUGAUUGUUAGGCUAAAACAACAAAAGGUUAGUGCAGUUGAUUCCACUUUUCAGAAAGUUUCUGAAAAUUUUGAGACUGUUUUCGAGAGACUGGUUCCCAGAGGUACUGCUAAAUUGGUUAUCCACCGCAGGAAUGAAAACGUUGGUGAUCAGACAGACAGUGCCGACGUUGAAAUGGAUGCCGAUGCCAGUAAAGUAACAAGUAGCAGGGAUGGGGAAACGGUGUACACCGGCGUUUCGAUUUCUGUUUCUUUUAAUUCGAAACAAAAUGAACAACUGCAUGUCGAACAACUAUCAGGCGGUCAAAAGACAGUAUGUGCCAUCGCUUUGAUCUUAGCAAUCCAAAUGGUUGACCCCGCUUCCUUUUACUUAUUUGACGAAAUUGAUGCUGCAUUAGACAAACAGUAUAGGACUGCCGUAGCUACACUAAUCAAAGAAUUGUCAAACGAUGCCCAGUUCAUUUGCACAACGUUCAGAACUGAUAUGUUACAAGUUGCAGAUAAGUUUUUCCGUGUUAAGUAUGAGAAUAAAAUAUCCACUGUUAUUGAAGUCAAUAAAGAAGAGGCAAUUGGUUUUAUUAGAGGUAGCAAUAAAUUUGCUGAGGUUUGA